CUUCAGAUUCUGUUGUGCUGUUAUUUCUUCAUUUCCAGUCCGCUUGUUUGUUGAAGAUGAAGUAGCAUAUCUACUUAACUCAGAUUGAUGUAGUGUCCUUUGUGCUUUUUCAGUUACGUCAACCGUGAUUUUUUCUUUCUGCCGACUUGAUGUUUAGAGCUAGAGCAGUCAUGUGACUGUAGUAACCUCUUGACAAAAAAUAACAAGGGACGAAACAACUUUUCCGUACUUCUGUCACCACUAAGUCCCAGAACCCACAAUCUAUCUGGAAGAAAAACUCUCAGAACACCAUGUCGUCUUCCGCUUCUACUCUGAAACCCCCCAUUGUCAUCGACACCGGCACGGGCGGCGUGAAAGCGGGGAUUGCAGGCGACAAAUUUCCCGCGCUCUAUUUCCCGACUUGCGUCGCGCGGGCGAAAACACGGCUGGAUCAGAACCACAACGGGGGCCCUCAAGGUCCUGGUGCGACGUCUCAACUACCUCGGGUUGGGACAACGACGAGUGGCGGCUCCUCGUCUUCCAGUUCUUCGCCCGAUUAUGUGAUGUACGAGAGCAAGACGGCCCUUUUCGCAAAGCUGCAGGCCUGUCCAUGGAUCAACCAGGAAUUUUUGGAAGAGUUGAAGAAGUCGCAUAGUGCCGAUGAUGAGGACGACAAUUUGAUGCCGCUAGAAGACCACGAGGACGCGCCUGGUCGUCCUGGGGGACCGAGGAACAACGAUGCCGUCUUUGGUGGAGCAGGGCCAGAACGUCCAUCAGCACCCAUGCCGAUGAAUGUCGACGGAAGUAGCGGAACAUCACACAACUACUACACUGAGCAAAGCGACCCGCGCGUGGCACCCGGGCAGAAAAUAAGGAACACGUCAAAUAACCCUGCGUCGGUGUCUCAUUUGAUGAAUCGACUGAGUUUGAAGACGCCCGAUUCCGAGCUGAACGACCCACAGAAUAUGCUGGUGCAUGUGGGCAGCGGCGGCGGUACUAUGACUUCGAGCGGUGCAGCGGGUGGACGCGAAGACGGCGGACGCGAUGAUGAGCAGGAAGAUCUUCGUAGCCGCGAGGACCACAUGGACGUGGAGCAUCAGAACGAGCAAGAGGAAAAUAACGCUGGACCACAAUUACAGGCUGCUGCGGACGAGGAAACAAGCAAGAUCAUCAUUGGUCCGCGGCUGUGGUCGUCCCGGUGGCACUCGUUGAACACGCACGACUUGAGCUACCCGAUGAAGUAUCAAAUGCAAAAAUGUCUGGGUCUGGAAGAUUUCUAGAUUUGUCAUGCAUAUUUUCCAUGAGCCUUGAUGUCUGUGAUGCAUGCCGUAGCAUCACAGAUUUUGAAGGGGCUUUGCGAUACCUCUACCGCAUGAGAAAUGCCCUCUCCACGUAGGACACACAAACCCGACCCCUCUUGCUGGUCAUGCAAUACAAAUUUUUUUAGAAUCCACAAACAGGAUCACAAGUUACGACCUUCCAGACCCAGACAUAUUUUCAUAUGAUAUGAAGGAGGGCCAGGUGGACAACUGGGACGACCUGGAGAUAUCGUAAAGAAAAAUCCCCCCUCCCCAUAUUGAAAACGCAUCCGUCUGAUAAUUUGUGAUGCACAUUUGUGGCCUCAAAUCUUGUCUGUCUUGCAAGAAGGCAAGUCCAGAGAGCCCCCUGCAUUUUGCAGGCGGUUUGUGAUGCUGUUGGGCUUAGAGCAUACACCUGUGUCAUGCUAGGCGCCUACGCCAAAACCUCUCGGCCGAGGCUUGACAUAUGCCUGCAGUCCUCUACUGCAAGACAGAUCUGAUUUGUGUACGGAAAUCCAGCAUCAGAAACUUCGUUUCGAUAUGGGGAGGGGGGAUUUUUCCUUCUGAUAGGAGAAGCUCUGGGACUACUGCUUCCACGAGCUGGGCAUCGACCCCAGCGAGCACACCAUCGUCCUCACGGAGCCGGUGCUGAACAACCACAAAAAGCGCGAAACCUAUCAAGUGCAAAAGUGUCUGGGUCUGGAAGGUUACCAGGUUUGCGUUUGUCAUGCAUAUUUUGCAUGACCCAGGAUUGUUUGUGAUGUAUGCCCUACCAUCACAGAUUUUCAGAACCCUUCCUGAUGCCUAUCCCGCAUGACAAACGCCCUCGUCCCCGCGUAGCACAAACUGGGCUCCUCUUGCUGGUCAUGCAAUACAGAUUGCUUUAGAUUCCAAAGUUUGCAUCACAAGUUCCAACCUUCCAGACAUCCAGGGAUAUUUGCAAUGCAUAAAACCAUGGUGGAGAUGAUGUUCGAGCGGUACGGGUUUAAAUAUCCUGAGUAAAAACGUCCCCACACCAGAGUUGUCAUGCAGAUGCGCAAUGACAGGAACAUUUGUAAUGCGCAGCUCCAUGAGAGGAAUUUCCAGUCGUGUUUUGGAAUUUGUAAUGCUGUAAACAGGAUGUGAGAAUGGCUUUCUCAUGCAGCUUAUCUUGCCAAUCAGCACUACACUGCAGAGGGAAACUUGUCAUGCACAGCUCCCAAAACUUGGAGGUUUGUGUUGCUAGAUUCCCAUCUUGACUAUGGGGUGGGGACGUUUUUGCUUAGGAUACUAAAGCUGUGAACAUCAGCGUCCAAGGGGUCCUGUCGCUCUACAGCGAGGGCAUGCGGACCGGGGUGGUCGUAGACAGCGGGGACGGGUGCACGCACAUUGUCCCGGUCUACGACGGCUUCGUGCAGCCGGCACUGGUCUAUCCAAGAAAAAAAACGUUGUUAAUAGUGUAAACUUGUGAUGCGCAACAUUCAAGCUGAUUGCGUCUGUCAUGCUUGGCAUGCAUCGCAGGGCUCAUUCAAUGGCGUUUUCGCGUAGUAUCUGCGCAUGACAGGUUUUUGCUGUCAUGCGAGAGAUAUUUGUCAUGCUAAUCUUCCAAGAAAGUUACACAAUGUUUUUUCUUGGAUAUGGUCCAGCGCAUGAACAUUGGUGGGCGGCACGUGACGCAGCAGCUCCAGCAGCUACUAACCCGGAACAACCUGGACGUGUUUGGCGCGUUCUCCAGCCCGGUGCUGCAGGAGCUGAAGGAAAACAGCUGUUACAUGGCGUACGACCUCGAGAAGGAAAUGCAACUGCACCAGAACACCACCGCCAUCGAGCAGGUCGUCGCGUUGUAUGACCACCGGACCAGCAACGCGCUCAUAUGUUGGGACGCUCAAACGUUACAAUGAUUGAUCGUUGUCGCAUUAUUUUGUAUUGUGCAAGAAGACUAGCAAAAGCGAAAUGGGAGAGCUUGGGCGUGGUUUAUCGCUGUUUAGCGGGUCGAGCGCAACUUGUCAUGCGAAGCAGCUUGAUUGGGUUGGGGGCUGAACCUGAUGCUGAUUCUGCGUGACAAAUCAUAUAAGAACAGCGACCAAUGUAGUAACGUUUGACUAUGCCAUAGCUCACCCGGGUGCGCGUAGGCGAGGAAAGGUUUCUGGCGCCGGAGAUUUUGAUGAAUCCACGGAUGUAUCAGGUAUGAAGAUUGUGUGUGGUUUUUGUAUUCCGUGUUAUGCACGCACCCUCCCGGAGCAGGACAGAUCAGCAUCAGUGUAUUUAUAUAUAGUAAGUAGAUGCAUUACACUAGCAGCCUGAUAUUGGGUACUGUGCAUGACAAUUCGCAAUAUCCAGGAAAUGAACUUCGAUUACGGGCACCAAAACGCGGGCGUCGCGGAGUUUUUGUACCAAACGGUGAUGGACGCCGACGUGGACCUUCGCCGGACGUACUUCAGCGCCAUUCUCUAUCCUAGGAAAAAACGGCUUCACUGUAGUAAACUUGUUGAGAAAGAUGAAGAUGAACAGGAAAGAACUACAGCAGGGAGAAGGCCACGACAGCACACGAGGACUUGUUGUCUUGCUACAAAUUAUCCAUCAAAACAGCGCAGCUGUUUUUCUGCCCCUGUAUUUCCCCAUUGGUAGGGAGGCAUGCUGGCAGUUUUUUUUUUCUAUAAAUCACGAAAAACAAACUAACUUGGCAUGCGAGAAGUGGUGUUGCAGCAAAUCUAUCAUCGCAGUGAAGAAACUGUUUUUUCGUGCGAUAUCUUUUUGUCCGGGGGCAAUACGCUCUUCCCAGGGUUCAAGUCCCGCCUGGACCGGGAAUUGCGGCAGCUCUACAAGGACCGCGUUGGCGGCCGCAUGGUGUUCAAGGUCGAGGAUCCGGCGCGGCGGAAAUUUGCGGUCUUUCUAGGCGCCAGUUUCCUGGCGGAAACUGCCUACUGUGGAAACGACUACAGUAGGUUUUUGAAUCAGGCCGAGUACGAAGAAGGCGGCGCCGCGGGCAUUCACAGCUACUGCAUGCCGCAAUCGUGAAGACGUGACUCGCUCAUGUACUUACAUCGAUGAAUAAUAGAGGGCGACGCGCACGCACUUUGUUUUUUGUCAAUCAAGGACCUAGUUUAUUCCUCUGGUCGCCAAUCCACCACAAGGCAACAAUGGCGACGCAGCUGUCCAAAUAAAGUGCCUCUUCUCGUAUUAAUUCUAC